AUGGCCCCCGUGCCACUUGUCGUUAUCAUCGGGGCUGGUAUUGUCGGAACAAGCCUCGCUGAUGAGCUUGUCUCGCGCGGUUGGACCAAUAUCACCGUCAUCGAGCAGGGGCCAUUGGAUAUGCCGGGCGGGUCUACGUCACACGCCCCAGGCUUGGUGUUCCAGACUAAUCCCUCAAAGACCAUGACCCUGUUCGCGCGCUAUACCGUGAAGAAGCUAUUAUCCUUAGAAGAGGAUGGCCAGAACUGCUUUAACCAGGUAGGCGGCCUGGAGGUGGCGACCACCUCUGCGCGGCUCGAAGAGCUUAAGCGUAAGCAUGGCUGGGCCUCCUCCUGGGGAGUCGAGACGCACCUACUCAGCAGCGAGGAAUGUCUUGAGAGGUACCCGUUGUUGAACAAGGACCUAGUGCUCGGCGGCUUACUCAUUCCGAGUGAUGGACUAGCGUCAGCCGCCCGCGCCGUCCAGCUGCUUAUUGCACGUACCCGCAAGGCCGGCGUCCGUUACUUGGGUUCGGCUCGAGUCACCGGCAUCGAGCAGGCUAACGACCACGUUACCGGUGUGGUGACACCGGGUGGAAUUAUUCCUGCCGAUAUCGUCAUCUCUUGCGCCGGCUUCUGGGGCGUCGAAGUGGGAGCUAUGGUCGGCCUACCGAUACCCCUACUACCACUGGCGCACCAGUACGUUAAGACCACCACCGUGCCGGCUCAGGUGGGUCACAACUCUCUCCCAAACGGAGCGGGCCUCCCGAUUCUGCGUUACCAGGAUCAAGACCUCUACUAUCGUGAGCAUGGCAACCAGCACGGCAUCGGAUACUAUGGUCACCGGCCGAUACCGGUCGUCGCCUCAACGUUGCCGAUAGCUUCCAAGCAUGUUGACGAGAGGAACAUGCCAUCCCGGCUAGGGUUUACCCCAGAAGACUUCAAGCCGGCAUGGGACCUCUCCCAAGAGCUCUUGCCCGCCCUGAAGGAGAGCAAAAUCGCCGACGGCAUUAACGGGAUCUUCUCAUUCACGCCCGACGGCGGCCCUAUCGUCGGGCAAUCACCCACUCUGGACGGUUUCUACGUAGCGGAGGCGGUCUGGGUAACACAUUCUGCUGGCGUGGCGCGCGCCAUGGCCGAAAUCUUAACUACAGGUCGAUCUGAGAUCGACCUAGCCGAAUGCGACCUAGGCCGCUUCGAAGAGGUCCAACUCACACCCGCCUACGUUAGCGAGACUGCGCAGCAAAACUUUGUGGAGAUCUACGACAUCCUGCACCCACUACAGCCGAGGGAGUCCCCGCGCAACCUGCGAGUAAGUCCAUUUUACGCUCGGCAGCGUGAGCUCGGCGCUUUUUUCCUCGAAGACGGUGCAUGGGAGCGCCCGUACUGGUACGAAGCGAAUGCGAAGCUAAUUGAGUAUCUACCGGCGGAGUGGCAGCCCGUCGAGCGUGACGCCUGGUCCUCCCGUUAUUACUCGCCGAUCGCUACGGUGGAGGCCUGGAAGACGCGCACAGCGGUCGCCAUGUACGAUAUGACUCCGCUACGUCGGCUAGAGGUGUCUGGCCCCGGGGCUGUUGAUCUACUACAGCGGCUAAGCACGGGCGACGUUUCGAAGAAGCCGGGCGCUGUUACAUAUACACUUCUUCUCGACGACCACGGAGGUAUUCGCAGCGAUAUAACCGUGGCUAGACUCGCUGACGACCUAUUUCAAGUGGGUGUAAAUGGUCGCGUGGACCUGAUCUACUUUACUCGAGAAGCCCGUCGACAAUCGCAGCAUAACCCCAGCAGAUGGGUGCAGAUACGCGAAAGUACCGGCGGCACAUGCUGUAUCGGGCUCUGGGGCCCCCGCGCUCGGGAUGUGAUCAGCAUAGUCAGCCCUGAUGACUUUACUAAUAAGGGGCUACGCUACUUCCGCGUGAAGAGGGCGAGUAUCGCUAGUAUCCCGGUAAUCGCGAUGCGGCUAUCCUACGUCGGAGAGCUAGGUUGGGAGAUCUACACCAGCGCCGAUAAUGGUCAGAGGCUGUGGGACGCUCUCUGGCAGGCGGGCCAACGCUACGGAGUGAUUGCCGCUGGUCGGACCGCCUUCAACGCCUUGCGGCUGGAAAAGGGAUAUCGCUCCUGGGGCUCUGAUAUGACUACCGAGCAUGACCCGUACGAGGCCGGCCUUGACUUCACUAUUAAGGCAGGUAAGCAGGGGUAUGUUGGCCAGAUUGCGCUCGAGGGGCGCUCCAAGGAGACUGUAACCCGACGACUGCGCUGCCUCACCGUCGAUGACGGUCGCUCGGUGGUGCUGGGUAAGGAGCCGGUGUUCUACAACGGACGAGCAAUCGGGUACGUUACAAGCGCCGCGUUCGGUUAUACGAUCGGUAAGCCUAUCGCUUAUGCCUGGCUACCCAGUUCAGUGCUCGAAGGUGAAACCGUCGAGAUUGAGUACUUCGGGCGGUUGAUUCAGGCCUCCGUCACUCCCGAACCGUUGUACGACCCGCCAAUGAGCUGCCUACGCGGAUGA